AACAUCAUUCAUAACCCCACCGAUCUUUUCUCAUUGCUCCACACGCGUGCCUCCUCGCCCCGCCUUUAACGCUUCCUCUCCUUUUAUUUUAUAUUUUAUAUUUUAUAUUUCCUUUAUUUCUGUACAAAUUAUUAUUGUUAUUAUUUAUUAUUUCUCGGAAUUAAUCCCAAAAUAAUCGGUAUAAAAAGGGGGCCUUUGUGUGUUGUGUUUGUUGCGUUCUCUUCGCUUUCCAUUUCGCGUAGAGCUCGAAAGAGAGCAACAGGUUGUGUCGAUCGCAGAGGAGAAGAGCUGCGGCGGUGAGGUUACCGGCGGUGGUGCGCUGCGGGGUUUCGAGGAGGGGGGUGGUCAUGGAGACGGAGACGAAGACGACGACGACGACGACGCAGGAGGAGGUGGAGGCCCUGAUGGAUCCGAAGAGCACCGUGGGGGGCGGCGUCGAGGACGCCUACGGCGAGGAUCGCGCCACCGAGGAGCAACUCGUCACACCCUGGACCCUCUCCGUCGCCAGUGGUUACAAUUUAUUGAGGGAUCCGCAUCACAACAAGGGCCUUGCUUUCAACGAAAAGGAGAGAGAUGCCCACUACUUGCGAGGCCUCUUGCCUCCGGUUGUUGUCUCUCAGAAGCUCCAGGAAAAGAAGCUUAUGCACAAUCUUCGCCAGUAUAAGGUCCCCUUGCAGCGAUAUAUGGCGAUGAUGGAUCUCCAGGAAAUGAACGAAAGGCUUUUCUACAAGCUUCUGAUUGACAAUGUCGAGGAGUUGCUCCCUGUCGUUUACACUCCAACAGUCGGUGAGGCUUGCCAAAAAUAUGGUAGCAUUUUCAGGCGUCCGCAGGGUCUAUAUAUAAGUUUGAAAGAGAAGGGGAAGAUUCUUGAGGUGCUAAAGAACUGGCCUGAGAAGAGGAUUCAAGUUAUUGUCGUCACUGAUGGUGAGCGCAUUUUGGGGCUUGGAGAUCUUGGUUGCCAGGGAAUGGGGAUUCCGGUGGGCAAGCUUUCUCUAUAUACUGCCCUCGGAGGAAUUCGUCCGUCUGCUUGCCUUCCCAUCACAAUUGACGUGGGGACAAAUAAUGAGCAGCUGCUCAAUGAUGAAUUCUACAUCGGGCUAAGGCAGAAGCGUGCUACUGGCAAGGAAUAUGCGGACUUAUUGCAUGAGUUCAUGUGUGCUGUUAAGCAGAACUAUGGCGAGAAAGUCCUUAUUCAGUUUGAAGACUUUGCUAAUCAUAAUGCAUUCGAUUUGCUGGCAAGAUAUUGCAAGACACAUCUCGUUUUCAAUGAUGACAUCCAGGGAACAGCUUCUGUAGUUCUCGCUGGGCUAGUUGCAGCAUUGAAAUUGGUUGGUGGAACUUUAGCAGAGCACACUUACUUAUUCCUUGGUGCUGGUGAGGCUGGAACUGGUAUUGCUGAGCUUAUCGCUCUCGAGAUAGCAAGACAGACAAACGCUCCCAUUGAAGAGUGUCGCAAGAAGAUUUGGCUUGUAGACUCUAAGGGUUUGAUUGUUAGCUCCAGAAAGGAGUCCCUUCAACAUUUCAAGAAACCUUGGGCACAUGAACAUGAACCUAUUAAAAACCUCUCAGAUGCUGUUAAUUCCAUCAAACCAACUGUGUUGAUCGGAACUUCUGGAGUGGGGAAAACUUUCACAAAAGAUGUUAUUGAAGCCAUGGCUUCCUUUAACGAGAAACCUAUCAUUCUUGCAUUAUCUAAUCCAACUUCCCAAUCUGAAUGUACUGCUGAGGAAGCAUACAAUUGGAGUAAGGGCCGUGCAAUCUUUGCUAGUGGAAGUCCUUUCGAUCCUGUUGAAUAUGAGGGAAGGAUCAUUAUGUCUGGCCAGGCAAACAAUGCCUACAUAUUCCCGGGUUUCGGUCUCGGACUGGUCAUCUCUGGAGCCAUUCGUGUCCAUGACGACAUGCUUCUCGCUGCCUCCGAGGCGUUAGCUCAAGAGGUGACGCAGGAGAACUUCGACAAAGGGCUGAUCUAUCCUCCCUUCACUAACAUCAGAAAGAUAUCUGCUCACAUUGCAGCUAAGGUUGCUGCUAAGGCUUAUGAACUUGGUUUGGCGACUCGUCUUCCUCGCCCGGAAGACCUGGUGAAGUACGCGGAGAGUUGCAUGUACACUCCGGUCUACCGCAGCUACCGGUAAAUCAUUGGCCCUCAAUUUUGUAAUUGAUUAUAAGUAUAGGCUAUUUAGUUCCAUAAUUUAUGCCAUCGUUUGUUGUUGUUUCUUCAAAGUGGUGUAGACGUGUAGACAUUUUGAGUUUGGUCAUGGCUCAUAAUUUGUUAAUCUUGUAAUGCUUUAAUUAAAUGCAAUGAAGUCAUAUGUUUCCACAGAAAUAAAAAAAGACCAAGUUUUAUUCAUAAGAAAAAGAAGAAAAAUUACACUAUGAUAUGUUCCGGUGGACAAGGAUGGCUUGUUGGGCCUUCAAGGAGCAAAUCGAAAAGCGAAGUUUGGCCCACAUCUUUUCUGCAGACAUAUAGCCUGGUUCAGAUGAGCUGUACAGGAAUAUUGACAUAAAAAGGCCCAGUCACGAGCCAUAAUGUGAAUAUUGAAUGCAAAGGUGUUCAUUUAUCACAUUUGAGGUUGUGGAAAGAUUGUAUUUUGUGAGGGCGGGGUAUUAGAUUAUUGAGCUGGUCCAAGUAGAUAAUAUUAAAAAUGUGGGCUAAGUGGUCAUCCCCUUUUCAUUCUGCCCGCUACAAA